UCUCAGUUGCGGCUCCUGCCGGCUUGGGGCGGCCGGGUAUCCGAAGGAGCGAGCUGUGUAGCGACGCGGUUCGAUCUGACCCAGCCAUGGACCGGAAGGUGGCUCGAGAAUUCCGGCACAAGGUGGAUUUUCUGAUUGAAAAUGAUGCAGAGAAGGACUAUCUGUACGACGUGCUGCGUAUGUAUCACCAAACCAUGGAUGUGGCCGUGCUAGUGGGAGACCUGAAGCUGGUCAUCAAUGAGCCUAGCCGCCUGCCACUGUUUGACGCCAUCAGGCCGCUGAUCCCACUGAAGCACCAGGUGGAGUACGACCAGCUGACGCCCCGGCGCUCCAGGAAGCUGAAGGAGGUGCGUCUGGACCGUCUGCAGCCCGAAGGCCUCGGCCUCAGCGUUCGUGGGGGCCUCGAGUUCGGCUGUGGGCUCUUCAUCUCCCACCUCAUCAAAGGCGGUCAGGCAGACAGCGUCGGGCUCCAGGUGGGGGAUGAGAUCGUCCGCAUCAACGGAUAUUCCAUCUCCGCCUGUACCCACGAGGAGGUCAUCAACCUCAUCCGCACCAAGAAGACUGUGUCCAUCAAAGUGAGACACAUUGGCCUGAUUCCUGUGAAGAGCUCUCCUGACGAGCCCCUCAAAUGGCAGUAUGUGGAUCAGUUUGUGUCAGAAUCCGGGGGUGGACGGAGUAGCCUGAGCUUCCCUGGCACUCAGGACAGCAAGGAGAAGAAGGUCUUCAUCAGCCUGGUGGGAUCCCGGGGCCUUGGCUGCAGCAUCUCCAGCGGGCCUGUCCAGAAGCCCGGCAUCUUUAUCAGCCAUGUCAAGCCUGGCUCCCUGUCUGCAGAGGUGGGGUUGGAGACAGGGGACCAGAUUGUCGAAGUCAAUGGCAUCGACUUCUCGAACCUGGACCACAAGGAGGCCGUGAACGUGCUGAAGAGUAGCCGCAGCCUGACCAUCUCCAUUGUAGCUGGAGCCGGCCGGGAGCUGUUCCUGACAGACCGGGAGCGGCUGGAGGAGGCGCGGCAGCGCGAGCUGUGGCGGCAGGAGCUUCUCAUGCAGAAGCGGCUGGCAAUGGAAUCCAACAAGAUCCUCCAGGAGCAGCAGGAGAUGGAGCGACAAAGGAAAAAGGAAAUUGCCCAGAAGGCAGCAGAGGAGAACGAAAGAUACCGGCAGGAGAUGGAACAGAUUAUAGAAGAGGAGGAGAAGUUUAAGAAGCAGUGGGAAGAAGACUGGGGCUCAAAGGAACAGCUGCUCUCACCUAAAACCAUCACCGCCGAAGUGCACCCAAUACCCCUUCGUAAGCCUAAGUCUGAUCAGGGAGUGGAGCCCGAGCUUGAGCCAGCAGACCACCCGGAUGGAGGCACGGAGGAGCAGGGAGAGCAGAAAGGAAAGGAUAAGAAGAAAGCCAAGUAUGACAGCCUGCAGGAGUUGAGAAAGAAUAAGAAGGAACUAGAGUUUGAGCAAAAGCUUUACAAAGAGAAAGAGGAAAUGCUGGAAAAGGAAAAACAACUGAAGAUCAACCGGCUGGCCCAGGAGGUGUCCGAGACAGAGCGGGAAGACCUUGAGGAAUCGGAAAAGAUUCAGUAUUGGGUGGAAAGGCUCUGUCAGACGCGCCUUGAGCAGAUUUCCUCUGCUGAUAAUGAGAUUUCAGAGCCGCAGGAGAUGUUGAAGAGGAUGGUGGUUUAUCAGACAGCGUUCAGACAAGAUUUCCGGAAAUAUGAGGAAGGCUUUGACCCCUACUCCAUGUUCACCCCAGAGCAGAUCAUAGGGAAGGAUGUCCGGCUCCUGCGCAUUAAGAAGGAGGGAUCCUUAGAUCUGGCCCUGGAAGGCGGUGUGGACUCCCCAGUCGGGAAGGUGGUCGUCUCAGCUGUGUACGAGGGGGGAGCUGCUGAGCGGCACGGUGGCAUUGUGAAAGGGGAUGAAGUCAUGGCGAUCAAUGGCAAGAUCGUGACAGACUACACACUGGCUGAGGCUGAGGCCACCCUGCAGAAGGCCUGGAGUCAGGGGGACUGGAUCGAAUUUGUUGUUGCCGUCUGCCCCCCGAAGCAGUACGACGAUGAGCUGACCUUCUUCUAAAGUCCAGAGGGAGAAACCAGAUUCGCCCCGAGAAGCCACUGAGCUCUGGACCCACCCUCCUGAACACAAAGUCUGGAACCAGCCUUGAGAGAGGCCAGCGCGCAGGCACCCUGGAAACCUACAGCCUACACCCAUGGAUUUCGACUCCCAUUGGCCCUGAAGUAGGGCUGAGUGAGGAGCACCACAGGCCACUCCUCUGAAGGUCACCACGGAGGGAGGAAGUAGCAGUUUUGAAGAGGGCCCCUGGGAUCCAGACUCUCAUUUCUUUCUUCCAGUCCUGUGAAUUUGGUCUCUCCCAGCCCUGGAUCUCAAGAAGUCAAGGGAAUUCUCAAGAAAUCAGUAGUCUCCCUUGAUUUCUAACGGACCUGAUUCCUGGGUCUCUCUCCCCCUCCCUCUCCUCUCACUACUGCUAAUUGCUGCCACAAACCUUCCUCCGAACUCAUUAACAAAAUAAACUGCUUUCC